AAAAGAUAAAUUUUGCACCAGAGUAAAGUGGAGAAGUCAUCUGGAUUUCAAGUGUCAUUUUGCCUGGUAGCAGAAAGGUAGCAAAUCGAAACAUGAAGACCGUGGUUCUCCUGCUCUGUCUUCUAGGAUCAGCUCAGUCAUUGCCAAGGCAGCUGAGCCCUGCUUUGGGAGCUCCUGCAACAAAACCGACUCCAGGUCAGGUGACACCGCUAACUCAACAGCAACCAAAUCAGGUUUUUCCUUCCAUAAGUCUAAUACCAUUAACACAGCUGCUCACUCUGGGGUCAGACCUGCCAUUGUUCAACCCUGCCACCAUGCCACAUGGCACACAGACACUCCCUUUCACCCUGGGACCACUGAAUGGACAACAGCAGCUGCAACCCCAGAUGUUGCCCAUUAUUGUGGCACAACUUGGAGCUCAGGGCGCUCUCCUAAGCUCAGAGGAACUGCCACUAGCCUCCCAAAUCUUCACGGGCCUCCUUAUCCACCCCUUGUUCCCUGGAGCCAUUCAGCCAUCCGGUCAGACAGGGGCUAAACCAGAUGUGCAGAAUGGAGCCCUUCCUACAAGACAGGCAGGAGCGAGCCCUGCCAACCAGGCAACCACUCCUGGCCACACAACUCCUGCUGUCACAGAUGAUGAUGACUACGAAAUGAGCACCCCUGCAGGCCUGCAAAGGGCCACACACACCACUGAGGGGACCACCAUGGACCCACCAAAUAGAACUAAGUAAGUUGUUUCAGAUCUCCUCAAGCAAACCACAUCACAGUUGGAGUUCCACAUGAGUCGUCCUCACUCAUCACAUGGCAGGAAAGGCUGAGACGCAGUGGAAGGUCUUGGGAGGUAUAAAGUCUUAAGUAUAUUUCAGGAGAUAUAUUGAAUGAACAGAAUUCCAAGUUCAAAAGAAAAUCAUUAAAUAAAUCCCUUUGUUUUUGAAAUACUUUAGUAUGCCACUUCAGGCAUACCUGGAAAAUAUGUGUAUUAAAAUAUAUUUUGAAAACUGA